AUGCACGCUCGCCUCUGCCACAGCUGCAAACUCCUGGCGAGCGCCGCUCGGCUCGCACCUCCCGGCCCUGUGCCACUCGUCGCCCUCGCCGCUUCCGCCGCCGCCAUCUCCGCCGCCGCGAUCUGCCUCACUGCGGCGCGCGAGGCGUCCAAAGGGCUGCAGUCUCCGUCGUCGCUCUUCACCGCCCUCGCGGCGGCGGUCAUCGGGCCUGCCUUGGCCCCCGUCGCCGUGGCGCUGUACGGGCUCGCGGUCCGCCGGCAGUAUCUCGCCGCCGACCCCGACAAGAUCGCCGCCGCGUUUCCCGCGUCAGAGCUCUCCAACUACUGCUCUCCGCUCGUGGAAUGCUGCUCGGGCGCCGUGACUAACCUGGGUAUGCUCCUGCUGCACAUACUCGCCUUCGCCUUCGUCGCCGUCUCGCUCGCCCUGUUUGCCGCCACGGGCGCCGCCUCCGCCCUCUCGUACAGCGGGGCGGCGGGCUGGGCGUGCGGGGACGUCCGCGACGACCUUGCCCACCCGCUGCCAGAGGUACUCGCCAACGCGACUGCCGCGCUGAGCCUCUGCCGGUCGGCGAGCGCGUGCCCCGCGACGGCGCUCUGCGCGGCGGUGGCGCAGCUCCACGAGGGCAGCGCCGACGUGAGCUGCUUCCGCCUCGCCGCCAACCUUCACCUCGCCGGCGCCGUCCUCGGGUCAUGGCCGGUCCGCUCGGAGAGGCUCGCUCCGCCGGCGAGCGGCCUGGACGAGGCGUGCAUUAACCUCUCCUCCGUCGCCGACGCCGCCGACGCCGACCUGUGCGGGGCGGGCCCCGACCGCCCGCGCGCGAGCCUGGCGGGCCUGUGGCGGGCCUCGCAGGAGGUCGGCGCCGCGCUGAGGGUGGUGCGGGAGGAGGAGGUGGCUGCGGCGGCGGCGUGUGCACAGCUCGACGAGUUGGCCGAGCCGCUGAUGAGGGCGGCCAGUGCGUCGCUCGUCCUGCUGCUGGCUGCUGCAGUCACACGCACCGCCCUUGUCCGCUACCACCUCUGGCUCAGCUUCUGGCGCUCCGACACGCGGCGGGGCGCGCUCUACUCUGCCGGCUGCGACGGGCUCGCGAUCGCGGUUCUCGCCGCGGGCGGUUUAGCGCUCGUCCUGGGAGCCUCCGAGGUGGAGGAGGCGCUCCCGUGGAGGCCGCGCUACCUCGGCCCCGCCACCACCGCGUGCGCCGUCGCCAUCGGCGGCGGCUGGCUGAGCGGGCUGCUCGUGCUGCUGCACGGCGUCCGGUCGCGGAGAAGGCUGGGCAGGGCUGCGGCUGGAGACAGCGACGGGCAGUUCGCCGGCUUGCGCGCGAGUGUGCGGCAUCUCGAUCGAGCGGCGGGUCGAUACCGCGGCGGCGGCGGGCAGGGCGGAGGGCAGGGCGGAGGGGUGUGUGGUCGCUGCAGCAGCUGCGGUCGCUGCGGCGGCUGCGGCGGGUGCAGCGGCUGCGGGGGACGCGACAAGGCACUUCCCCGCCUUCUCCACGCAGCCCUGGUGCUGGUGCUGGUGCUCUGCGUCGCAGUGCUUGUUCUCUCCGCCUCCGGCCUCGGGCUCGCCGUCGGCGGCCGCAUCGCCGCCGACGUCAUCGACUCCAACGCCGCAACCCUCGACGCGAUGCUCGUCCCGCCUCGGCUCGCGCCGUGGUACGAGGUAGCCGACGGCAGAAGUCACACCAAGGUCGAGGCGUGCGCGGCUCACGCGGCCGUGUCGGCGGCCGUGGACGCCUCCGGCUCAUCACUCUCAAUGGCGUGCGAGUUCGCGUCUCUGCCGGCGCGCGCCGUGCUGGCAUCGUUGCCGGCCGUCGAGGAGACUGAUGAUGAUGAUGGCUCUGUGGCGGCGGACGUCGCGUACAGCGUCGCAAGUGGCCUGUCCGACUCGUCCAGCAAAACCGCGUCCUCGUUUGGACGCGAGGCGCGCAGCGCCGCCGCGGCACUCAACUUCGACUGCGCCGGCCUGUCCGCCGCGCUCCGGCUCGGCCGGCGGCGCUGCCCCUCGCUCCCGUCGAACGGCUCUGAGCCUGCCAACAGCACCGCCAUCGCUGCCAACGGCACCGCUGCCAACGCCAGCGCUGCUUUCGCGGAUGCGCUGGUGGGCGCGCUGCUGGAGGGCAGGGGCGUGCUGCUCCGCCUCGAGCGAGUUGCCGUGGGGGCGGGCGUAGUGGGCGAGGCAGUGCAGGCGCCGCUGGCGAGGAUGACGGCCGGCGCGGCGCUGCUCGUGGUCGGGGCGAGCCUCGCCUUCGCCUCCUUCUCGCGCCAGCGGAUGCUCGAGCUCGUCGAGCGGCACAAGGAGGCGUGGAGGAACCCGCCCGCCCCGGUGCCCGUCUACGACCGGUACGACAGCAACAGCGGCAGGCUGGGCAGGCCGGGGCUCAUCCGGGGCUCGUCCUCCCUCGGGCGGAGCUCCUCCUUCGACGCUUUCUUCGACUGCUCCUUCUCGGCCGCCUCGCGCCAGCCGUCCUGCGCGAAUCUCGUCCAGAUAGGGGAGCUGACUGGCAGCAAGCCGAGCCUUUACGUGUGA